AUGCUUAGUGGGCCUUACCGAACACGCGAGAGCUGGCAGGAAAGUGUCGGGAGGUGGGUUCACGGGGGCAACGGUGGAGGUGCAGCAGGGGUGGGGGCAGAGGGCACAGGCAGGGUGGCGGUUUAUUGGGCUGUCCUUCUCCGCGACACUCAAUCAGAGAGGGGGCAAGAGCGGGUGUUUAGCGUGGAAGAAAGUGGGGCUACGCCCGCAACAGCUGCUGGGAAAGACGCAGACAAAGCUACAGACAAUGACAAGACCACCAAAAGGCGAGCAGCUGGAAUUCUCUCCCUCUACCGCAUCGACACUGCCAAUCGCGUCAUCGAAGUCGGCAACGUGAUUUUCGGCCCCCUCCUACACAGAACGAUCGCGAGCACGGAAGUGUUCUACCUGCUCGGCAGAUACGUCUUCGAGGAGCUGGGGUAUAGGCGAUUCGAGUGGAAGUGUAAUUCGCUCAAUGAGCCGAGUAAGAGGGCGGCGAAGAGGCUGGGCUUUCGGUUUGAGGGGGUUUUCAGGAAGCAUAUGAUUGUGAAGGGACUGAGUAGGGAUACUUGGUGGGCGAGUAUUGUGGAUGGGGAAUGGUUUGGUGAAGCAGAGGGGGGAAGGGAGACGUUUGAGCGGUGGUUAGAUAAGGAAAAUUUCGAUGAGAGAGGGAGGCAGAGAAGGAGAUUGGAAGAUGUUAGGGAGGAGGUUGUGGGUGGGAAGGACGGUGGAGAAGAUGAUUUGAGGAUGGAUGUGGGCAUGGAGAGGGAUUGA